UGCACCGCGGCGCAGCGCGGCGAUAGGCUGCCCGCGGGGCGGCUCGCCGGGCGCCGCGGCCCUGGGCACGGCCGGGACGUUGCGCAUGCGCCGUGAGGCAGUGGCGGAGGAGCUAUACGUAUAGUGCCAAAGGAGUACAGAAUGUGGACUCACUCUAAAAGUGAUGAUGAUGAAGAACUGCUUGCAAAUGUAGAGUUGUUAAGGAAUCAGCUGAGGAGAACUGAAAGGGAUCUACAAACUGUAGGGGAAGAACUUUCCAGCACUAGUGCAAGUGAACAUUCUGACCACCUUGAAGAGGCUGCAGACCUCACUCUGGAGGAUCUUGUUCAACCUAAUUGCAACUAUCAAGGCUCUUCUAAUUGUAAGAAAAAUGCUGGUAAAACAUCUUGCCAGGAAAGAGAUUUUCAAAGAAAAUGCAAAUCCUACUCAGUGUCCACAACUUCUGAUAAAACUGCGGAACAAGAAAAUAAUCAUCUUAAGGAGAAGCUGAAUGCACUUCAUGAACAGAAUGCAUCUUUAACUUCUCAGAACCACUACCUAAAAAAUAAAGUUGAAACAAUCAACUUUGAAUUGAUGCAGUCAAAAACAAGAAUUUCUUAUCUUGAAUCAGCUUUAGGUGCACGUUCAGCCAGCAUUCCUAAAUUAGAAGAACAGAUUGUAAAUUUGGAAGCAGAAGUUUCAGCUCAAGAUAAAAUUCUGAGAGAUGCAGAAGAUAAACUAGAGCAAAGCCAGAAAAUGGUAGUGGAAAGAGAACACAUGUUACAAAGAUAUAAAGAGGACUAUAAAAAUCUGAAAAUGGAGUUAAUUGAACGAAGCAAGCAAGGAAAGAGAGCAGAACAGCAGAGAAAUGAAGCUCUGUUGAAUGCUGAGGAGCUGACAAAAGUUUUCAAAAAGUAUAAAGAGAAAAUAACUGAAAAAUUGGAAAAGGUUCAAGCUGAAGAAGUAGUCUUGGAAAAAUAUUUAAUUAAUUGUGAAAAAGAAAAAGAGAAGUUGAAUGAAAAGUGUAUCAGCUACAGAAAGGAUUUAGAAAUCCUAGAAGAGCAACUAAGGCAAUCAAGGGAAGAGAAUCAUAGCACAAAAGAAGGAAUUAAGAAUCUAGAGGCAAAAAAUGCUGAAACAGUAUCACUGCUGACUCAAUCUAACCAGAAGAUCCUCAAGCUUGAGAGAGAACUUAGUGACAAAGAAAUAGUACUUAAAGAGAAAAAUGCUUUAAUAAGUGAAAAUGCAGAGCUGAAAGCACUUACGGCACAGCAACAUGACCACCUGAAAUUAUAUUGUCAAGAAAUUGAGGAUUCAAGGAAAGAGCUCAGCACACUAGAAACGAUUUUUUCCCAGUUGUCUCUAAAUACAUCUGAAGAGUUUAAAUGGCACCACUUGAAACAUCAGCUGCCCAGUUCCUCCACAAAAGAAGCUCUCUCAGACUCUUGUUGUGAAUCAAAUAAAUCUUUGAUUGCAGACCUGAGACUGAAACUGGCAGUGAAAGAAGCAGAAAUUCAAAAGCUUCACACAAACUUAACUGUAUGUAAGACAGCUGAGCAUCUUUCUAAUGAUAAUGAAGGACAGGAAAGUAGCAGAUUAUGUGUCAAAGAAACAGAGCCUGUCAAAUUGACUGGAAAUCAAGCAGAGAGGAGAAAAUGUCAACAGUUGGAACUUAUCAGCAAACAAUUUGAAAAGGAGAGGCAACGAUUCAAGAAAGAGGUAGAAGAGUUAUGCACUGAACUGACAAAAGUGAAUCAUGAGAACUCUUCUUUGAAGACCAGCAUGGCUCAGAGAGCCAGUCAGUUUCAAAUCAUACAAGAAGAACUGUUGGAGAAGGCUUCAAAAACCAGUAACUUAGAGCGAGAAAUAGCAAAGAAAUCAUCUCAACUUUCUGCACUUGAGAAACAGUUGGAAGAAAAGACUGUUGCUUAUUCUUCAGCUGCAGCAAGAAAUACUGAGUUGGAAAAGGAACUCAUGGAAAAGAACAGCCAUAUUCAUAAGUUGGAAAGAACCAUCAGUGAAGAACAUGAGCAAAUAGCUUCAGCUUUUGAAAAAGCAAAGUUAAUUCACCUUGAGCAGCACAAAGAGAUGGAGAAGCAGAUUGAACUACUUCAGACACAGCUGGAUAAGAAACACCAACAAUUCAUUGAACAAGAAAAAACAAUGUCUAUUUUACAACAAGAUGUUAUAUGUAAACAACAUCACAUUGAAUCAUUGGAUGAGCUGUUGAUAGAAAGCAGAGAGGAAAUGGAAAAACAAAAUGUCAAGAAAGAUGAAGGACUGAAGAUACUGCAAAGUCAAUUAACUGAAGAAACGAUCAAAGUGAGACAACUUCAGUCAGCGCUGGACAUAUGUAAGGAAGAACUUGCACUGUAUUUGAGUCAGUCAGAAGAAAAUAAGGAGAUAUUUGAAAAUCAGCUUAAAAAGAAAUUUGAAGAGGUUUGUUGGUUACAAAAAGAAAUUAAACUAAAAAGUCAAAAUCUUCAGGACACCAGUGAACAAAAUAUUCUCCUACAACAAACUUUGCAUCACCAGCAGCAAAUGUUACAGCAAGAAACCAUUAGAAAUGGGGAGCUGGAAGAUAAUCAAAUUAAACUUGAAAAACAGGUAUCUAACUUGGAACAAGAGCUUCAGAAACAGAAAGCAUAUGCAGAAGAUGAGUUGAGAAAGGCAGAGGAGAAACUUCGCCUAGCUUCUCAGGAAGCAGAUUUAAAAAGGCAAAAGGUGGCUGAACUUACUAGCACAAUCAGGGAGAUUAAAUUGGAGAUGGAUCAGUGCAAGGCUGAACUUACUGGUGUGGAAAAAGAAGUAGUGCAAUUAAAACAAGAUGGUGAAGACAAAACAAUGCAGAUAAAUCAGUUGGAUGUUAUUUUGAAAGAAACACGAUCAGAACUCAGUAAAAAGGCAAAUGAGGUGAAUGAAUUGGAAGAUAAGCUGCUUCAAAGCGAGAAUUGCCAUAGGGAAGCCUUACAGAAAGUAGUAGAACUAGAAUCUUCAUUACAGAAUGCCCAUGGAGAAUUAAAAAUCACUUUAAGACAGCUUCAGGAAUUGCGAGAUGCAUUACAGAAGGCACAGUCCUCUCUGGAGGAGAAGCAUGUUGCUAUCAAGGAUCUAACAGCUGAGCUCAGGUACUGCAAGGGAGAAAUGGAAGAAAAAAAGCAAGAACUCCUCGACAUGGAGCAAGCACUGAAAGAAAGGAACUGGCAACUGAAACAAAGAGCAGCUCAGAUUACACAGUUGGACAUGACAGUUCGUGAACAUAGGGGAGAAAUGGAACAACAAAUAAUUCGAUUAGAAGGCAAUUUAGAGAAAUCAGAGUUAGAAAUUAAGGAAUGCCAUAAACAGAUUGAGAGCUUAGAUGGCAAACUCCAGCAUUCUAAAGAUGAGCUUCGUGAAAAAGAGUUUGAACUGCUCCAGAGAGAUCAAGAAAUAAAUCAGCUGAGGAAAAAAAUUGAAAGAAAAGAACAAAGGCUAGCAGCUUUUGAAAAGACAGUGAAAGAUCAGGAGAAUUGCAUUGGAGACCAGUACAAGGAAGCACUGGAUUUGGGUCAGCAAUUGAGGCUGGAACGAGAACAGCUGCAGCAUACUCGCUCAGAGCUGCUGGAGACUCGUCGAAUGCUAGUUCAGGCUCAGAGAGAAGCAGACAGGCUCUCACAUGAGUUGGAAGAAGUAAACCACCUGUCCCGAGAAAAGGAAUCUCGUGCAAAUCAUUUGGCAGAAGAACUUGGUGCUGCCCAGGCUCGCGAAGCUCAACUAGAAGCACGAAUGCAAUCUGAGAUAAAAAAGCUUUCUGCAGAACUAGAUUUGUUAAAAGAUGCUUGUCAGCUAGAGAUUGCUCAUCAGAAAGACCAAGCAAAAUGGCAGAUAUCAACAGAAUACCAAAAAUCUUGUUCUUACCAUCUCAGUGGACAGUUGCAACAGGUGAAGAGAGAGUUAGAAGAGGCUCAAGAUACUGUCAGUAAUCUGCAGCAACAGCUCCAGGUCAGAGACAAAAUGGUUCAUGCUGCAAGUGAAGGACUGCUUGACAAAGGGCAAGAAUUGUGAAGGAAGGAAUGUUUCUCAUUGGACACACAGUAGCCCGCAAAAGCUGUUGCUGGCAGUACAGCACUGCAUUCAAAGAGGAAAUUUUAAUAUAAAAGAGUUGUAAAUAAUGAAUGUAUUUGUACUGACACAAAUGCCAACCUUUUUAUUUUUCCAAAUGUUUUUGAGAUUAUUGCCUUGAUAUAAUCACUUAUUUUUUGAGAAAUAAACUAUAUAUUUUUUUUAAGUA